UAGCGUCUGUUGCUGUCGGUAGUUUCCAACCUCUCGACGUAGAGAUCGGCCGUAGAUUUGACAGCGUUCGCUGGUUUCGUAGCGGAACGAGCAACAAUAGCUGCUUUUGUUUCCUUUCGUCGCUUGGAGACGAAUUCUUUGAUCCCCAACCGGAAUUGAUUGGGAUGACCAAAGAAUGAGAAUGUAUUCCUGUAAGAUAUUUGCUCUCUUCUGCAUCUUCCUAUUGGCUGAAGUGGUUCAUAUCUCAUCAAAGAAGGGAGUUUUAUUUCGUCGCAUUUCCCUGAAGCCUCCAUUAAUAUUAGAUGCAGCCGGGUAUCGAACCACUUAUGCAUGCGAGGGAAAAACCCUUCACAUCGUAUGCGAUGAGGGGAUGAUUCACCUCAUCCGUGCUAACUAUGGUCGCUUCAGUAUAAGCAUUUGCAAUGACCAUGGUAAUUUGGAUUGGAGAGUGAACUGCAUGUCGCAUCACUCUUUUUUGAUCAUGCAGGAAAGGUGCAGCUUAAAGACAAACUGUAGUGUGAACGUCUCUAGCUCGACAUUUCAUGAUCCAUGUCCAGGCACACUCAAAUAUUUAGAAGUCCAAUACCAUUGUGGAACAGGUCCUCCAGUAUUGACUAUGCCUGUCACUACACCUUAUUACAGAGCUACGUAUUCAUCAAAUGUGACAGCAGUUCCAAUUGGAAAAAUCCAGACUGGCACGUAUAGGUCCUACCUGUCCACUCCAAUGCCUACCAUUCCAACAAUCCCAUUCUUCAGGACUACAGCUGCAUUACCCAAACAAUUUGUACCUACAACUGCUACUCCCAACAGAAAUGAUGGUUUUCCUUUCUUUAUUACAACAAGGAAAACUACGGAAUUCAGUCCAACAAUUCAUUCUCUGACGUCAGCUAUUCCAACAUCAACAACAUUGACCACUACAGCAAAUGUUAGCGAAGAUCAUUGCCCGUCAAUGAUAUCUAGAAGCAUUAACUGGCCAUGGACUAAAUCCGGACAAACCGCUUCUGUAAAGUGCCCCGAUGGAGCCACAGGGAAUGCUAAAUGGCAUUGUAAAGGCAAACCAGCUCACUGGAAUUCUGAAUUCCCUGAUCUUACAGAAUGUCGCUCUUUAUGGCUGGAGAACCUUAAAGAAAGAGUAAAUCUUCAAAAUGGAGAUUCAAUUAUAGGUAUCAUAUCCGAACUAGCUGUUAUGUCUUCUGCAAAAGCUUUAUUCAGUGAAGAUAUAAAAAUACUCAGUGAGCUAACUCAACAAGCUUUACAUAAAAGUAUAAGCAGCAUGGAAAAUUUCUUGGAUACGUGGCAUAGAUACCAUGUCCUUCGAGAACUCUUGCAGUCCGCACUUCAGACAUUUAAUGGUCUCUUAGAUGAUAAACAAGAUAUUGCAUGGAAAGAUAUACCAUUAUUCGAAAAGAAAAUGAUUCUAUCUAAGCUCCUUCAAAAACUGGAUGAAAGUGCCCUCCUCUUAGCUGAGUCAUCAAGUGAAGACGGCUCAUUUAGUUUAAUCAAGAGUAAUAUUUGGAUAUCCCUUCAAGUUAUCAAAUCAAGGAAUGCAAAAAUUUUUACGUUUCCCAUAUAUGAGGAUAUAUUUUUGGAGGCUGAUGGUAUUUACUGGGUAAAUGUACAAGACAAAGUUGUUAUUCCAAUAGAAGCUAUAGAAGAUUAUGCAAAGAAUGGGUUUUAUAAAGUAGUUUUCUCUAUAUUCAAUAAGCUGGAUGAUUACUUAUUGCCAGGCUCUACAAUUUUGCAUUAUCCGCUUGAUCAUACUUCUGAAAAUAUUACACGAAUUCUAAAUUCUAGAAUUAUUAGUAUAUCUCUAGAAAAAGGUGGAAAUGUUAAGUUAAGUCGUCCUGCUGUGAUUACCUUCAAACAUCGAUAUGAGGAAAAUGUUAGUAAUCCAGUCUGUGCUUUCUGGGAUUUCCAUUUAAGGGACUGGUCUGCAAAAGGUUGCCGGGUAGAAAUAAGUAAUAAAUCUCAUACAGUGUGCUUGUGUGAUCACUUAACCAAUUUUGCUCUAAUAAUGGAUUUACAAACAGAUUUUACUCCUUCAUUGAAUUCUGAUAUAUUAUACAUGAUCAUCACAAUUGGUUGUGUAGUUGCAACAGUUGCUUUACUUUUUACUGUUAUUGUGCUGUUCUUGUUAAGCGUGGAUCUUUCAGAAGAUAGCACUUUCAUUCAUAGAAAUAUGUUUCUAUGCCUUUUAUUAUCAGAACUUGUUUUCCUCGGCGGAAUUAAACAAACAAACCAUCAUCUUGCUUGUUCAUUUAUUGCUGGAAUAUUGCAAUAUUUAUUUCUCGUAACUUUUUCUUGGAUGUUCUUUGAGUGCUAUCACCAAUAUGUAACACUGAUUCAAUCUUGUGAUGGCAAAAAAUCAAAAUCCUGGUGGUAUUAUGUAGUUGCAUACACUGUUCCUGGAAUCAUCACUGGUAUCUCAGCUAUAAUUGACCCUAGCAGUUAUGGUACCAGCCGCUAUUGCUGGUUGCAAGCUGAUAACUACUUCGUAUUCAGUUUCGUAGGCCCUGCUGUCAGUAUAAUAUUUGGUGGACUUGUAUUUUUGUGCAUCUCAUUAUGCAUGAUCUAUCGUAAAAUCUCUAAUAUUACUGCUAUCAAAGGAAAAGAAAAUGUUAAUCUUGACAAAUUCAGAUCCUGGAACAAAAGGAGCUUUUUGUUGACUGUCUUAUUGACCCUCACUUGGACAUCAGCAUUUUUCUUUAUUCAAGAGGAAUUGGCACCCUUGGCUUAUGCAUUUUCUAUUCUAAAUGGCUUACAUGGAAUUGCAAUACUAUUUAUGUAUUGCUUUCAAAAUGAAAAGGUAAGAGAAGAUAUUCAAAAGAUUUUUCAGCAUGAUUUAUGCUUCAGACAAAGGAAUCAAGAACCUCAAAUUGCUCCUGAGACUGUAAACAAUGGGAAUAACUCUAGAGACUGUGAUUCUCAAGAAUUCUGGACUUUACCAAAGGAAAAGAUACCCGUAACUUCAAAUGUUGCUUCAGACUCCUCUGCAACACUCCCUACUAGAAGCUCAAUCAAUGAAAGCAAUGAUGGAGUUAGAUUACAAAAUGCUUUUUGGAUGAUGAGGGGAAAUAAUACUUGGAAGUCUGCUUAUUACACUGGGAAGGAAACUCUUGGAGAACAAGAAGGCGUAUCACAUAGUUUUCGUCGAUAUCAAACUUCAAAGGAUAAAGGCCACCAUUUUUUUGUAACACCAGAAUCUAAUGGCCAGUUCUUGGAUCACAUUUAUGAAACCAUUGAUGACGAAGCUCUUGCAGAUGAAGACGGAGGGAAGAAAUCAUUCCAAGGUUGCCAAAGAUUUCCACCACCUGAAAAUUAUUAUGGAGAUCACUCUGACUUAAGUCAGCAUUCUUCAUCUAGUUAUGGGUACGAUCAACAACCACUUAUUAUCGCUGGUCUCCAAAAUGGUCAAAAUGUAUCUCAGGUACCUUAUCCUGCUUCGCCAGAUAGUCAGGUCAGUCCACAAAUUUGGGAGCAAAACCAAACACUGUCAUUCCGAAAGAAAAGAAGUCCCUCUGAGAAACCAGCCAGUUUACGAACAUCUCAUGAUGGUAGUCAUCAUAAUUUCCCAUCUGAUAAGCAAGCUUAUCCUCAGAAAGGGCCGGCAGAACUUUGGGAAACUCCUUUGCCAGAUCUUCUGCAAAGUCCUCCUGAUAACACAGUUGUGUUAGCUGUAUUGGAUGGUGACAAAGUUGUUAACAGAAUACAACAAGAUGAUGUUAUCAUUAAACCACAAUAUAAGCUUAGUACUUAUUGUUGACAUUGAAAUGAUAUUGAUUUGUCAUGCUUAAGAAAGGAGGAGUUUCUAUAUUCUAGUCAGAGCGCCCUUUACUAGUCAUAAUUUUUACCGUCCCAUUUUUGUAAUCUAUUUACUUCUAUGUUUAUUCUUUUCCCCGUUUCUUUUUUUCAUUAAAAUGCAAAAUCAGAAGAUGCUCAAUCUACUGUAAAAAAUUAUCAUUAAGCAUUCCGAGCUUGGUUUCUAUGCAAGUGAAAUGGAAAAUUCCUUUGCUAUUUUUUUAUCUGCUCACAUCCUGUAAGACAUGAUUUUUAUUUCCAAGAGAUAUCUGAAACAACUUAAAUGGACAAUAAUAAUUAUAUAUACAAUUCCAUUCACAUAUCUAAAAAAUAAUUUUUUUAUUAUAUCCUGAUAUCGACAUUUCUUCAACAAAUAAUAUUUCUUAAUCCGUGACCAUGAACAUUAUACAGUAAAAUAUUUCUUUAAAUUCUCAACUCUCUAGUUAUUCUGAUAAGUCCUUUCAGGAAGACAUGCUCUACCAAUCCUUCUAAGAAGACUGAAAAAAGAAAAUUAUGUUCAAAUAUGGAAUAUUUAUUUAAUUCAGAAAUAUCCACAUUUCAGAAAAUUUCCAUGUUUAUCAGAAAAGGACUUAUCUUGGAAAUAUAAAUUUUAAAUUACUGCUACUAUUCAUAAUCAAUGCAAGAGUUAAAUUUCUUUUAAUUAUAAUUCAUGAAUAUCUCAAGUAUUUUAGAUAGGCUAUUGAAAAUGAUUGCAGAUGGUAGAAGAUAUUUUGUUACUUGUAAGAAAAGAACAGGUGGUAAAAGUUUAACACAUCCUUCGAAAACCAUUUGAACCUAUUUCGAAGUGUACGUUUUAUAAUUUCCAGUGAUUCCAGCGUUGCGUUUCCAGUGAUUGUUAACAAAAGUAUUCAGAAUCCAUAAUUAGCCAAGAAAGAACCUUUUUCUGAUACAAAAAUUAAAUAUUGAUUUCAAGCUCAAUUCUCUAUCACAUGUUAUAAAGUUGUAUAUUUUGAAAAAGAAUGAUGCAUUUUAAUUCAAUCUCUCUUCUUAGAUAUGAAUAUACACACUACUCAACAUGUAAAAUGUUUCGUUAUCCAUAGCAAUUCAAAUAACUCAGAUGAAGUUGGCUUUGUCCACUCCAAAAAAUUGGCGAAAUCACUGCAAUUUUACAGGUAAGGAUUUGUGUAUGUGUCAAGUUUUGUGCUUUCAAUAUUAUCACCUUGGACAUAUAUUUACUUCCAAAUCUACCACAAUAUAAAUUAGCUAAAUUGUGAUUUUAUUCUAGUCAUUGGUUUUAAUUAUUGUUAAUACAGGAUGCAAAUGUGCAUCUAAAAUUUUGAAAUCUAAAAAUUUUGAUAGUUGCUACAUUUUAGUAAACAUAUUAAAUACAAAAUUAAUAAGAAAACUAUAUAUUAAUGGACAAUGACUUUAGCAUAUUUUAAAUCUGAAAAAAAAGCAUCAAUUUUUGCAUUAGUUAGAUUCUGAAUACUUCAGCUGACACCCCACUUCCCAAACUUGUAUACACCAAUGUAGGACGUUCAACCUUUGUCAUCAGAAUAAAGAAGCAGUAAGCCUACAUGCAUAGUCAGUGAAGGAUUUUGGCAUCUAGACACUGUAAUUAUGAAGCCUUCUAGUAAUAAGAUCACUUAAGUUUCACAUUUAACAAAUUUUUAAUUUAACAGCAUGUUAAAGAUGUAUUUUAAGUUGACUUUUUUAUUUGUUUGUUUUAGUAACUUUUUGGAAAUGCAUAUGUUUUUAUCUAUUUAUUAUGAAUCGCUAUUGCUUGGCCUCUACGUUUGUAUACAAUAUUAUUUAAGCAAAUCUUUAGUUUUUAUAAAUAUUGUAUUAACUAAGUGAAAAAGAUUGAAACCUGUCCAGUUAUACUUUACAAAGUGUUAAUAACAUCUUAUGUAUAAAAUUCAUAUUUUUCAAAAUGUAUUUAUUUUGAACUGGCUAAUAACAGAUUUUUAAUCAACUGAUCAAAUAUCUUUUUAAUCACCAUCUUUUUAACUUGAUCAAAUAUCUUUUUUUCACCUCUGAACAUGCUUGAUCUCUUCUUUGAAACCGAGUCUGUUAAGUCAUGAUUUUCCCUUUUUGCAGUUGACAGCCUGCAUCAAUUUAAUGACUAAUAUAAUAAUUUUUGUAAAAACAAAAAAAAAAUGUCAGUAAUUUAAGAUUUAUGUAUUUCCAAGUUAUUGGUGGUUUACUGUAUUUUUUUUAUCUAAUCUUUUUUUUUCUCCCCCCUUCUUUUUUUCCUCCUAAACAUUGUAUCAAUCAUCCCAUUAUAUAACAUUAAUUAUAUGAAUGACCAAAAUAUUAAGGAACAUGGAAACUUUUGUAGCUCUGCAGAUUCUAACACUUUUUCAGGACAAAUGUGUGAAGGAAUUUUCCAUUUGAUUUUGCAAAUUUGACCUCUCAAAAAGUCGCUCCUGCUUAAUUUAUGACAAGGUAUUAUUUCAGAAAUAUUUAUUAUUUUUGUUAAUCUGUUUGCAUUCUCAGUGUUUCCACAUUUCAAUCAAAAAUUUAAUGAGCAAAAUUGAGAACUGCAAGCAUUUGCAAAUAUGAAAGGGUAACAAUGUUAUCUUGCAAACUAUUGAUUAUAAAUUUUUUAUACUUUAAUUGGAUGUAUGUAAUGAUGUGUGAAAUUAUUAUAAGCAAAAGAACAAAUUUUACCAUGUAGUUAAUUAACUUGGCACAAAAAAAAAAUUGAUAUUGUGCAGAUGAGCUUUUCUGUAAUUACAUGGUUUUUUAUUAACGUUAAAGUAUUUUUUUUAUACAUAAAGAUUUUUUAUUCGUGAUUAGAUUAAUGGAGAUUAAUUAAAUAAAAUACUUUCAUAAUACUAGAAAACUGUCUCGCCACCUUAAUUAUAAACGAAUUAAUAACAAAUUGUAAUCUUGUACUUAAUGAUCAAAAUUCUUACAUAUAUCACUUAAUUUAAAUAAUUUAUUGAUGCAAUUUUUGUUGCUGUGAAUAAUUUUUUCUAUCUUAUUUGUAAAGAAGAUUCUUUACAUGAACAUGAAUUUUUCAUUUAUGAUGUACUUGAAAUAUUCACAUAAUCUUUAUGAUGAAUACAUUUCUGACUAGUUACAGAAUGCAUGCAUACAUUUCUGACUAGAUGCACUUUUAUGUUAAAAUGGAAACUAAAUGUUGUAGUAAUUGUUUCAAUAGUCAUUCUUCUGUCGUUUGCUCAAUAUGCAUUUAAAUUUUAAUUUAAAGAUUUUGAAUAAAUGUUUCAAUACUCAGUAUCUUUACUGUUUGUCAUUGAAGGUUUCACAAUUUUUCUGUUAAAUUGAUGGCUAAUGUUUGACUAUGUGAUAAAACAAAUUUAAAACUGAAACCGUUGCAUUAUACUAUAAUAUUAUUUAUAACUCGAUGUGUUCUUGUGUAUGUGUAUGUGUGAUAUGAAAACCUUUAAUGAGCACUGCUUACAAUACUUUUAAGUAAACUUCUUGCUUUCAUUUUUGUACAUACCAUUUGUGAAUUUUAUUUUUUAAACUUUAUAUAAAAUGUUUUGUUUAUGUGUAUAUAAUUUAUAUUACCAGUAUACUGAAUGGAGAAUGAUUUGAUAUGUUCGAUAUGUAAGGGAGAAGGGCAUUCUAAAACUGACAUGAUUUGUUUUUCCAUUUCUAUUUAAGCUUUUAUGAAUGUCCAAGCAGUGUUUCCCAAACAUUUGUAAUUCAUUUUACCCUGUGUAAGCUAAGAUCCUAGUGAUUUUUCAUCAGGAACUGUGAUUAUACUCAGCUUCUAGUUGUCUUUGAAUGAACACCUAAUUUCAAAUUGGGUGCUCCUGAUGCUGUGAUACUCGUCAUUUCCAACAACUAUCUUGCUAAUGUUGGAGUUUGCUGUUUGCACAAUUCAUGUUUUUGGCUUUAUAUUGUGUAAUAUUUGCUCAUUGUAAAUUACAUGUUGUUUUAU